AUGCUCGAUCUACUCGGAAUUCUCAAGACUCUAUCGGCACCGAUCGUGCCAACAGCCGUAGCCCCGCAACUCACAACUGGAGGAGCCUCAAAACGGCUACCACGCAUCGAAUUGCCUACGUUCUCGGGCAAUUACUCAGACUGGAAGUCUUUCCACGACCUCUUUACAUCAAUCGUUCGCGAAAAUUCGCAACUCUCGGAAGUGGAAAAACUACACUACCUAAAAACAAGUCUUACCGAUGAACCGUCACAACUCAUUAAAAACAUCGCUCUUACCGCUGAAAACUUCCCUCGAGCCUGGGAAACUCUCGUCUCACGGUACGAAAACAAGAGACUUUUGACGGAUUCUCAUCUCGCGACACUUUUCGCGAUUCCUCGUGUCACGAAAAAGUCGUCAUCAGAACUGAAGAGCUUGCACAGCAACACUUGCGAAGCUCUUGGCGCACUCGAACUUCUCGAUGGUCCCGAGAAAUUAGGGGAUCACAUCAUCGUGCACAUGACGAUUCGCAAGCUCGACCCAGCAUCUCUCGAAGAGUGGGAGAAAAGUGUUAGCGAGAAACUCGAGCCCCCCACGUUUGCGGAGCUCAAGGCGUUUCUCAUCGGUCGCAUCCACACCCUCGAAGCCGUGGACCAGGCUCAUGCUCAUAAUCAAAUCGCGACGUCGAAACCGCACUCAUCCCAAGGAAGGUCAAAUCUUCAGACGACAAGGUCACAUACAGCGCAAUCAAAGGAACAGUCGUGUGCUUGUUGCCAAGCUGCCAACAGCGGCACAUCUCAAGGACAGGCCGCAGUGGCGCAACCUGCAGUGCAGAAUGCACCGAUCUCGAACAGCGCCUCUCAGGUGAACAACCACUCAGCUCAGCCUACAAUGAUCAAGCGCUCUCCAGUUCUUCUCGCCACAGUGCAAUUGAUCGCUUCGAAUCCGGAGACUGGAGAAAGAAUCAUCGCUCGCGCUCUACUCGAUCAAGGAUCCGAAACAACGAUACCGGUCAUUGGCGUCGGAGCUCAUGAAUCGGCAGUGACUCGCGGCAUCGCGACAUUGCAACUCCAAUCUCGUGCUCACACCUCGUUCUCAUGUCAGGUGGAGGCACUCGUGCUUCCACGACUCACAUCGUAUCUACCCUCAUUACGACUUCUCGUCGAAGACUGGCCUCAUCUACGAGGACUCAACCUGGCGGAUCCAAGCUUUGCACAUCCCAGUCAAAUCGACGUAAUUCUCGGAGCUGACAUCUACAGCAACAUCAUUGGUCAAGGAGUUCGAAGAGGAGCACUAGGAACACCAAUCGCGCAAGAAACUCAGUUCGGUUGGGUCCUGUCCGGCUGCGUUUCAGCGAAAGCAGCAAGCCCCUCGUAUAGCGCAGUCCAAGGCUUCCAAUGCUCCCUCGGUCACGAACUGCUCGAUUUCGUGCAGCAGUUUUGGAAGCAGGAAGAAGUGUCGAAACCUUUGGCACUAACUUCCGAAGAAGAGCGUUGUGAGCAACACUUUCGCGAAACGGUUUCUCGAAAUGCGUCCGGUCGUUACGUAGUUCGGCUGCCGCUCAAAGACAAUUCGGUAGAGCUCGGCAACUCGCGGAAUCCCGCGCAUCAAAUGCUCCUUCGUUUGGAGAGACGGUUCGGUAGCGACGCAAAUUUCAAGGAGGCUUACUCGAGCUUCCUUCGUGAAUAUCGUGUACUCGGGCACAUGCGUCGCGCUAUGAAUACACCUGAAGACAAUUCCCGCGUGUUUUAUCUUCCCUAUCACGGUGUAGUUCGCGACAGCAGUUCAACAUCAAAGUUGCGUGUCGUGUUCAACGGGUCUCAAAGAACCAACCUCGGACUUUCUCUCAAUGACAAUCUUCUCGUCGGUCCAAAAGUGCAAACCGACCUCGCGGACGUUCUCUUACGCUAG